AAGAUUUCCCCAUCAUGCUCGAGAUUGACCUAUGACCUGAUCUACCUGAGUGGGAGGUUCCGAAAAAGUUUGACAAGCUGUUUGGUUUGUGGUUUCGGCUCUUCGUGAAGGACUUUUCAUGGUUUACGCAGGGAUUUACGGAAGGUGCUCUGGGUUUAUCUCGAGCGUAGCUCUUAUUUUACUGGACGGAAAGCUGAAGAAGCGCAGCAAAACUCCAGUUUAGACCAGAAACCUGUACGGAGCCUGGCUGUCACCUUGUCGAACUGUUUCUCUCGAUCACCACUGCACUGGAACUUACUAACUGGAACUUCUGUCUCUGAGUGACGGCCACUGACAGGGGCCACAACUGUACAGUGGAAAUUACUUCUAAUGAGCACGAGAUCGUUGGAGAAGUAUCCGACCUACAGAAGGGAUAUCCGUGCUAUUUUCUGUGCAUGUCUAGUCCCGAUGGGCCACCGGGGAGACCACGUCCGCCCACGCGGGUAGACAGUGCUUGACUGCCGUAGGCGUCUUGGUGAGCUCGCGGUGUUGCGGGGUGAAGUUCACGGACAAACACGCGUCCACUCCACGGGGUGCCAGACCAGAGGUCCAACUGUACCGAUAGGGGUAGGAGAUUAGACGUAAAGUAACCAAAACAGCUCCAGGAUUAGCGCUCAACUUUCGCUUUUCCUUGACCCAUACGGCCUAGUACCGCGGCGGGCUCAGGAAUGCUGCCCGGUUCGGGGGUAAACUCGGGACAGAUGGGUUCGUCUUCAGGAAACUUCCGCCUGGUAAGGGGAAGUGUUUAGUGAGUGUGUACGUGCCUGUUCCCGCAUGGCUCCAACAACAACUCGUGGAGGAGGCCACACAUAACUCACGAGAUUUGAAUCAGUAGACGUCUCAGCGGCACGGGAAAUGCCUGGAGGAUUCUCAAGUUUGUGCGGAAACCACGCACGUCUGAUCCCGGAGGGAACACUGAACUAGACGUUGCAGGAAACCGGCGUUGUUGUUUUCCUACACCCGGAGAUAAGAUAAUCUUGAAGUUUCAUCUACAAACUGUAAGUCUUGCCAAGACCACAGCCAGUCUGUAUAUAGCUCACGAUACCGGCGUCUAAAACAAGAAAGUUGCUGCGGGUUUUCGGAGUAAGAGAGCCAUACGAUCGUAUAUACCAGAGCUGACAUCCGACCUUCAUUAGACUUAUUUGUUUUGAGACCCCUUUUCCGAUCGCCGCCGACAGCGGUCUCUGGUUGCCGCUGUUUUUGUGUGUCGGUCCCCUGGUGGAACGAUCUUCGGGCCGAGGAGAGUGCUCCCCUGCCAGACCCAUUAGGAGACCUAUACCAACGACACGUGCCGUAAGAAAGGCGAGAUCGCCACCUUGUAAAACGGUUUGUGGUUUCGCGGUCACGCCCUGUCCAUUGUCUCUGGUGUGAAAUCGCGAUUUUUAGUGGAUGGAAAUUUGAUUUACUUGCGCUGUCGACAGCUGGUGUUGACUGUUUGUGCUGUAAGCAGGCCCGCUAUUUACCCCAGCUAGCCGGUACAGUCCCAGUCGGUACAUUACUGGAAUUUCUAUCCGGACAAGCAGUUGUCAAGGGACCUGCAUUCCUGUAAUUCCCGUUAAAUCAGCAGUUAAGUUUUUUGACAUCUUAACGUACUAUAUUAGUACAGUAACUCCGUCAUAGUUGGUGCUAUCACUAUAACCUGGAAUUUUUAUCCAGCUCGGCUAGUCGGGAUUCGACAAAAAUCCACUUCCAAGGAAGACAACCCCACCAGAAGAGAUAGCUGUAAGAUUUGUUACCAGGAUUAAUUAUCUGUUUCCUCAGCCCUGGUAAUUAAUCAUUGUAUCCAGAUCUGAGUGACAGGCAGACAGAGACAAGAGGAGGACCAAGCAAACAGCUAGUCCUGGUCCAACUACAUUGUAUCAUCUUUUGCUACUAAAGAGAGGGAGAAAGAGUUUUACAACAUGCCUUCCUACUGGUUGUUGUUGGUGUGUGUGGUGAUGUCGUGUCGGGUUCCUGGGUCCCAGCCCGGGAUAGCCAGCUUCGCCCCCACCCUAGUGGCACAGCACGCCGAGGGGGCAUCGGAAGAGGAUCUGAAAGAGAUUCUAGGGACGCCGUACUUCGAACUGUAUGCAAAAGGAAAGGAUGCGUACCUGGAUGAGGAGUGGGAUCGGUGUGUCUGGUACAUGGAGAAGGCUGUCAUGGUCUAUAAACACGUGGCUGCCCUCAAGUUCCGCUGUCGCCAAUGGUGCUUCAACCAAACUGUGGAGCCCAGCUUCGAGGGACACUCUACUCUUCAGAUGAUGCGAAUGUUCAUGAAGAGAGCAGGGUGUACCGACAGGUGUGAACAGGACACGCUGCGCGGGAUGCGAUGGGAGGGCGUCAACGAGAUUCAAGAUGAGAUGGACGCAAGGAUUCCGUACGACUACAUGCAGCUCUGUUAUUACAAGGUAAGGUUUGUUUGUACGAGGUAGAGCUGUGGUCACAAC